GGGUGUAUGCACGACCGGCAUCGACAGCGACAUGCAGGCAAGUCUCGCUGUGCACUCUGGGUAAUCCGCCAUUUUGAAGCAAUAACAAGCAGACGAGCAAAGCAGCGUGUAUGACCAGUCGAUAGCUGUCAUGGUUUACUGCGCCGUUGUAGGCUGCAAAAGCCGUACGUACACCAAAGCCGAGAAAGAGAAGGCUAAGCAGAACAGUCAGAACCUCAGCAACUUUCGGUGUUUCAAGAUUCCAAAGGUGCGGGUUCAUGAAUGCGGCAAGACGAGGCAGCUGUCGCAACGCCGGCAGCGCGAGAGGAUCGCCCGCCUCAACAGGAAGGGUGUCGCCGAUAAUCCGCAGAAGUACAAAGGCCACAGUCUCCAGUGGGUGCUGCUGGCUCUGCAAGGGCUUUUCGGCUCACGAGCUGCACUGGCAUCGGCACCUAUUCGUCGUUUUUUUCAUCGUCGACGACGCGAAAUCCAUUUCAGCGAUACUAGGCCUCACAUCCAAUUUCCUGAUGUGCAUCGGCAGCCACGAGUUGGCGCUGUCCGUGCACGAACGCUCCUGCCGCACGCACACGCCGUACUCUACGUAAAAAAGCAGUGCCGCGACAUGGGAGCACGCAUCGCCGUUCCCGGCCAUGCACGUACAGUGCGCGGCAACGACUUCACCGUCGCACUUGCACAGGGCCCAUGAAUCCACAGGUUGCCUGUUGAGGCUCUGCGAGUGGUUGACCUGGGCAAAAAGAUAACAUUGUAUUCCGCUAGAAGAAUAAAACACUUUAACGUACCUUUGUUUUGAG